AAAUAUGGCAGUGUUGGCCACUAGUUGGCAGGUAUGCCUUUGUCUCAGGACUUGUAGGUGGGUGGAAAUCUGAUCGAUACACCGUCGUCUAUAUCUGAAACUUGCCCGGUUUUUUCGAGUUCGCUGUUCUCGAGCUCCACUUAGGUGUUGGAGAACUAUGAACCCUAGGAUCUUGGACACAAUAUUCGUCAAACUAGUUUCCCUAUGUUUGUCAUAAGAAGAUGUUUUCCCCUUUUAUAGACUGAGAUGAUCAGUGAACUAACCCAGUGCAACUGCACUACCUCUGAUUCCCGUACACUACCUAAUACAUCCGUCACUUUGAUUAGCAAUAUCCUUCCUCAAUCCUUGAAAAUAUCGGAUGGCAAACUGUCAGGUCCUGCUGCUUUGCAUCGUUUCAUGUUCGACAAAAUCUUCUCAAGGAGAGUUGGUGAAUCGGUAUCUACGUUCCAUUCAGGUUCAUAUUGUAUGUUGGGCAACAGAAGCGUUGCUGAGGGCCAGUUGAAUUGUUUUUCAGAUUGUUCUGCCCAACGUUUUAGCGGCCUAUCCUGGAAGGUUAUCAGCAUCUCAUCCAUUGUAGUGAUGGUUUCACCAACCAUCAAAGUUUCCAGGUGUUAGUCAACGGUGAUGCGAUCAUUGCGAGGAGUGUUAGUCAAUGUACGUUUAAGUUGUUUUCGCUCUUCAUUGUGGUUAGAGCC